AUGCUUUCCAUCAGCAUCCCGCAAUAUGACACUCCCGACCAUUACGAGCUAUGCCAGCUCCCCGCGCCGACCGUGGAACAUCCCACGGACAUCUUGAUCAAAGUCCAUGCAGCCAGCAUCAACCCGAUUGACGUUAAGAAAGCGUCGGGCAUGUCCAAAUUAGUCCUGAGAGAUAGUUUCCCGUAUAGAAUUGGCUACGACUGUGCGGGCACCAUUCUGGAUAUUGGGUCUCAAGUAACCUGUUUCAAGAUCGGCGAUGAGCUAAUGGUGAGCAAUUUCAAUACAGGGGCAUGGAGUGAGUUGGUAAAGACAACUGAAGACUUUGUCGCUUUGAAGCCAAAAAAUCUCUCAAUGAAAGAUGCUGCUUCGAUACCUUUAGCGGCUAUGACAGCCCUGCAGGCACUUCGGCGGUACCAAGGGGACCUUAAAGGGAAGACUGUGUUUGUGCCCGCGGGAUUAAGUGGCACCGGACUAUUCGCGUGCCAGCUCGCCAAAAAUGUGUUCAGUGCCGACAGGGUGAUUACGACAGUUUCUACUUCCAAGGUAGCUAGAGUGAAGGAACUCCUUGGGGAGGUCAUCGACUAUACAAAAUCGAACCCCAAAACCGUUAUUCCUCCGCGGUCGGUGGACUUUCUUUUCGACACGACCGGAAACUCCAUGCCCUAUUUAUCACUCAUGCGCCCGACCGGAACCAUUGUUUCCAUAUCCAUUUUGACGUCCGGAGAUGUGCUACAAAAUUCGAGUCUCAUGCGACUGUCGCCAAACAAGAAGGACAAAGCUAUUGUACCAUAUCCCAUUCGUGUCGCGUUGAACGUACUGGAUCGAAUUCGUACUAUGCGGGCAUCGCGGUAUGGCGUCAAGUAUUCGGCUAUUUUCUUGGAACCAAAUUCCACAGACCUGAAUUCCAUUCGUCAGUGGGUUGAGCUGGGGAAGCUACAUACUGUUGUUGGGACCAAGGUGCACUUCAAAGAUCUAAAGGCUGUUCGAGGCGCGUGUCAAGCUGUGUUCGACGCAAGAGGAGGUGUUGGAAAAUCCGUAAUCACCUUUGAAUGA